CAUCGUCCCACAAUUCAGUGUGUGCCAGCCAUUGACAGCAACGCUGUAGCUCCACCGCUUGCCGCCUAGUUACCAAGUGGAAAAUAUAUACAUUGCUGUUUCUUCUCUCCUGCAUUUAAAGUAACCUCCAAGAUACACAGAGAAGUCCACUUCGCUGCAUAUAUUCCACCUCUGUUGCCGCAGCAUAGCAUGGAAAAGAUGACAGGCCGGAUUGGAGGCAGGGAGGCUGCCUGAGUCCCAGUGUUCUGGCAGGCCAAUCACAACUCUCUACAGGAGACAGGCCCUUCCAGCGUUGAACUUAGGAGUGGAAAUCCCGACCAGUGGCUCCCUGACCCAUGAUGUACAAGGACUACAGACCAGGCCGAAAUGGAGGACUGAAUGCACUGCCCUUUGACCCCGCAAGCAACAACGAGCCCUUGCAGUUCACCAGCUCCAACGGGCCGCUGGUGUCCGACAUCCCACUGGAGAACGGCGCCGAGAACAGCAAGAAGAGAAAGAGACCCAACCUGCCCCCAGAGGGCAUACGGAACAUGACCAUGGACUCUAGCCCUAUGGCUAUGCCCAUGUCGGACCCCAACGCCUGGGCCACAGCAAUGAACAACCUCGGCAUGGCCCCUAUGGGGAUGACUGCUGGACAGCCCUUAAUAUCAGACUUCGACCCGAGCCUUGGUAUGAUGGCCGGCAUCGCCCCCAUGAACCCCAUGAUGCCCGGCUUGGGCAUCGUGCCUCCACCCAUCUCCCAAGACAUGCCCGUCGUCAAGGAGAUCAUCCACUGCAAGAGCUGCACCUUGUUCCCGCCCAACCCCAAUUUGCCACCUCCAGCCACGAGAGAGCGUCCUCCGGGCUGCAAGACGGUGUUCGUGGGAGGGCUGCCGGAGAACGCCACGGAGCAGCUGAUCGUCGAGGUGUUCGAGCAGUGCGGCGAAAUCAUCGCCAUCCGCAAGAGCAAGAAGAACUUCUGCCACAUCCGUUUCGCCGAGGAGCACACAGUGGACAAGGCCCUCUUCCUGUCUGGCUACCGCAUCAGACUAGGCUCCAGCACAGAUAAGAAGGACACGGGUCGGCUGCACGUGGACUUUGCGCAGGCGCGCGACGACCUGUACGAGUGGGAGUGCCGGCAGCGCAUGCUGGCCCGCGAGGAGCGCCACCGCCGCCGCAUCGAGGAGGACCUGCUCCGGCCGCCCUCGCCCCCGCCCAUCGUGCACUACUCCGAGCACGAGUGCGGUCAGCUGGGGGAGAAGAUCAAAGACGACUCCAAGUUCCCCGAGGCGGUGCGCGUGCUGCUGACCUGGGUGGAGCGGGGCGAGGUGAACCGGCGGAACGCCAACAACAUCUACUCCAUGAUCCAGUCGUCCAACAGCCACAUCCGCCGCCUCAUGAACGAGAAGGCGGCCCACGAGAAGGAGAUGGAGGAGGCCAAGGAGAAGUUCAAGAACGCCCUCGCCGGCAUCCUAGUACAAUUUGAGCAGAUUGUGUCUGUAUUCCACGCUGCUUCCAAACAAAAGGCAUGGGACCAUUUCUCCAAAGCCCAGCGCAAGAACCUGGACAUGUGGCGCAAGCAAGCAGAGGAGAUCCGGAACAUUCACAAUGAGGAGCUGAUGGGCAUCCGGCGCGAGGAGGAGAUGGAGAUGUCGGACGACGACAUGGAGGACGUCCCAGAGAGCAAGGACCCGGAUGACUCAGGUCCGGCUGCGCAGGCGGAGGCUCUGAAGGAGGAGAACGACAGCCUGCGCUGUCAGCUGGACGCCUACAGGAACGAGGUGGAGCUGCUGAAGCAGGAGCAGGGCAAAGCGGCGCCGCAGCGCAGCGAGGAGGACAACACGCGCCAGCAGCAGCUCAGCUUCCUCCAGCAGGCCCUGCAGGGCAUGCAGAAGCAACUGCUGAAGAUCCGUGAGGAGCUGAAGCAGAGGGAGUCUGAUCUGGAGAAGAGUUCAGAGGACAAGCAGCAGCUGGAGAGCCAGGUGCAGGGCCUGAAGGAUCGCGUGCAGACCCUCCUCUCUACACACAGCCCGACGCUGGAGACGUCGGAGCGAGAUGACAGAGGCAGCGAGGAGAGCACCAAUCAAGCCAAUGAGGCGGCGGCGUCAGCAGUGGUGUCCUGCAGUCAGGAGAAGGAGAGCGUGCCAGAGAAGGGGCCGCCCAGCCCCGUGCGGUCCGAGAGGGAGGCUCUGCUCGUGGGUAUAAUAUCCACCUUCCUGCACGUCCAUCCGUUCGGAGCCAGCAUCGAAUACAUCUGCUCCUAUUUACAGCGCCUGGACACGAAGAUCAGCACGGCCGAGGUGGAGGCUCUGCUGGGGCGCCUGCCCUGCACGUUCAGGCAGGAGCUGACCGGCGUGGGCGCCAGCCUGGAGAAGCGCUGGAAGUUCUGCGGCUUCGAGGGCAUCAAGACGGCGUAGGGCCCCUCGCGGGUCGAUGAGGGGUGUCACGACGAGCGCGGGGACUGGGGGAGGGGCGGGGACGGCGUUUUCCCGGAGAGUCACCCCCCCCACACACCCUCCAACAACCUUCUUUUUGGAAUUUCGUUUUUGGGAAUCCUUUUGUGAACGUUGAGUUCUGGGUGCUUAGAACUGCCUCUGUUCUGCGUGUGUGAGUACGUUUGGGUGUGUAUGUGUGAACGUUGUGUGUGUGUGCGUGUAUGUGUGUGUGUGUGUAUCCGUGUGCACGUUGUGUGUUCUUUGUGUGUGUCACACACGAAGGGGUCAAAAUCCAUCAGCACUGGCAGGCACCCAGGAGGGAAAAGACUACUGCACAGGGAGAGAAUCAGGGUCUGCUGAGAACUGAGCAACUUUCAAACAACUUCCUGUCUCUCUGGCCUUCUCUUGUUUCCUUCCAAAACUUUGUAUAAAACUUAUAAAUAUAUGAAUAUAUUUCUUCAUUUUGCUUUUUCUUUUUUUGUUUUCUUUUUUCUGUAUAGGCUGUUAACGGUGGCAUAGGUUUUGUUUAUAUACUCUGUAAAUGCUUGAAUAACAACUUGAUAUUUUGAAAUAAAAUGGAUGAACAGCUGA